AUGAACCCACAUUUGCACAGCUUUGGGGAGCUGGUGGGCAUCGAGAUGUUGGCACUGACCGGGGCUGUGCCCGGGGUCUGCCAGGCUGGUGGGCACAGAAGCCACGCCAAGGACCCUCUUCUCACUGGACCCUGGGGUUACAGCUCGGAGCUGCCUGUGGUACUGGAGACGGAGACCCCCGGCUUGAGGCACCCGCUGGACCCUAUCUGGGACGGGUGCUACCACCAGUCGGCACCCCCCCACCGCUGCCACGUAGUGGGGGAGGCUGUGACCGCGCCCGCGCCCCCCGGGGAGAUCGACACCCACGAGGUGGCCGGGCAGGUAACGGCCGAGCUGAAGAGGUGUGGCAUCCCACAGGCGGUCUUCGCCAGGGCGGUCCUUGGCCGCUCCCAGGGCACCCUCUCCGACCUCCUGCGACGUCCCAAACCUUGGCACCGACUCAAGUCCGGCCGGGAGACCUUCCGGACGAUGUGGACCUGGCUGCGGGAACCCGAAUCCCAGAGGAUCACCACGCUCAGGAUGGAAGCCUGCAGGAGGAGGGAGCACGGGCAGGGCAGGAGCCAGCGCCAACACCCGUCCAACAGGCCCCGGCUGAUCUUCACCGAUGUGCAGCGCAGGACCCUGCUCUCCGUCUUCAGGGAGAACCCGCGGCCCAGCAAGGAGAGGCAAGCGGCUAUCGCCGGGCAACUAGGCCUCAGGCUUUCCACUGUCGCCAACUUCUUCAUGAACUCCCGCCGACGGAGCCUGGACAAGUGGGCGGAGGAGGAGGGCCGGCCCCAUCCCACGGGCUCGGCCUUCCGGGGCGCUUAUGCCAACUCGUGA